AUGUCUUCGUCCGGCCUUGUCCCUGUUAUCAUCAACCUAGCAGGUCAAACUAGAAUCAAUGAAGUAGUUCUAGCUGAUGAAAACGCUGAGUCAUUCGAGGUUCUCGCUACCAGCUUCUACCAGAGCCUGCGCCCCAGUAUCCCCGAGUUCUACUUGGAACAGGGAGAGCGAACUAUCACCAAAAUGUGGGUGGAAUGGAACCAGGGAGGCGGCAACUUUCUCCCCAUGGAGACGGAGAUUACCGAGGCCAACCUCCGUGCCGUCCUUCGACUGCUUGCUGUGCGACGGGGUGUUGAUAUGAUCCGCGUUUGGCUCAAUGAGAUUGAUUAA